UUAAAUGUACAAAUAUAUUAGUUUGGUUAAGUUUUCUUAAAAAAAAUAAACCAUUUUAUACAAACAUUGAAAUUGAUCAUGUUAUGUUACAAACUUUUUCCAAAGAUGGAUCUGUAUUCGAGAGACUAUAUGCUAUGCAUAAUGUUAAUUUAUCAGUUAAAAACACAAUUAAUUUGAACAAUAAUUAUGAUCCAAGUGAUGUUUUUGACAUGUUAAAUAAUGAUACUAUAUAUACUUUUAUUCCAAAUCCAGUAUCUAAAGAAACUAAAGAAGUUUCUACUUAUAAUAAAAUUAAUAGCCUUAUGAAUUCAGAUAAUAUCAUACCUUGGCCUACAAUUGAUAAUAUUCCUAUUAAUGAAUUUAAAGAUAUUGGUUAUAUUACAAGUGCAUUUCCUAUAUUGUUUUCUAUAGGGAAAACAGAUUUAUAUAGUGUUUAA